AUGUGGAGAUGCAUAUUCUGCAACCUCUCAUCAUCUCAACACGUGGAACAAGUCAUCGGUGAUAGUGAAAUUGAAAAUCGAUUGGUUCAAAGUUAUAAGAGAAGUUUCAAUGGUUUUGCUGCCAUAUUCAAUGACCAACAAAAGGAAAAACUUCUCGAUAUGAAAGAGGAGAAUGCAAGAGACGAGACUGGUCACAGAACCCAUACAACAUCAAUUGCAGGUGGAAGAGAGGUGCAAGAUGUGAGCUUUUACGAUCUUACAAAAGGCACUGCAAGGGGUGGAGUCCCAUCUUCAAGGAUUGCUGUGUACAAAUUAUGUGGCGCAGAUGGUACAUGCAGUGGUAGUAAUACCUUAGCCGCAUUUGAUGAUGCCAUUGCUGAUGGAGUUGACAUUAUCACAAUAUCAAUUGGGGGCUCAAAUGCCCUUGAAUUUCUUAAAUAUCCUAUUGCCAUUGGUUCUUUUCAUGCCAUGGAGAAGGGAAUUCUCACAUCCCAUUCGACAGAAAACUCUGGUCCUAGACCACGUUCUAUUGCAAGUGUAACACCUUGGUUAUUUAGUGUUGCUACAUCUACUAUAGAUCUUCAAUUCAUUGAUAAGCUCAUUCUUGGAAAUGAAAAUACUAUCAUUGGCAAGUCAGUCAAUACGUUCCCCUCAAAUGGCACAAAAAUUCCAAUAGCUCACGAUACUUGCUUUUAUAACUUUGGCCAAAAAAUGGUUAAAGAUUAUCUUAUUGCUCAAUCUUACAUAAAAUACACUAAAUUCCCCGUGGCUGAAAUUUUGAAGAGUGAGAUCUUCCAUGAUACAACUGCUCCUAGAAUUGCAUCUUUCUCUUCUCGUGGCCCGAAUUCAAUUGUUCUAGAUAUUAUGAAACCAGAUAUAAGUGCCCCUGGAGUGGAUAUUUUAGCUGCUUUUUCACCUCUAGCCCCACCCUCUGGACAUGUCACUGACACGAGAAAAGCCAGUUACAACAUAUUAUCAGGAACUUCUAUGGCAUGCCCUCAUAUUACUGGAAUUAUUGCAUAUGUGAAAUCAUUUCAUCCAAAUUGGUCACCAACAACUAUUAAAUCUGCCAUCAUGACCACGACAAAACCAGUGAAUGAUACUUAUAAUGAUUUGGCUGGUGAAUUUUCUUAUGGAUCAGGGAAUGCCAAUCCACAACUAGCUGUUAACCCAUGA